AGGGGCGGAGCCUGCUGCGCUUCCUCUUGUUGAAGCGACGCUGUGCUAAUGUAGCGGGAAUGUCAUUAAGACCGAUGACAUGCGUGAAAACUACACGUAUGAAAUAGUGCUGGUGCUGUUUUCUGCCAUUUGAUGAACUGCUUGUGAUGAACAGAAGAUAGACACACUGAAAACAAGCCCAAAUGUCUAAUGUAGAGUGCCGUACCACCCGAUCUCACGGUGUCAUAAACGCACAGUCUUCAAACCACAAUGGAACGAACGGUACAAAGAAAUCAGGUGGUAAAUCUGCAUCCUCCAGCUCAGCCGUGGUGUGUUUCUUCAAAACAUAUUGCCCACCUACUUCAGCUGAUGCUGGUUCGAUCCUUAACAACAGCAGGGUGAGACAUGUGUUAGGCCAGAAAUAUCAUGAAGACAUCACAACCGUCUGCAGUCAGACACCGUACUGCCUUUAUUUUUACACCGGAGUUGAUCUCGGGGAGGAGAAGAACGGCAAUGUCAUCAUGGUGGGCUUUUUUGACAAAGCUACUGGAGAAAACCAAAUCAUACUGCUUGAUGUUUUUAGUUCAGAGGAGACUGCUGAUGCCAUAUGCUCCUGCGUUGUAGAGAUUCUGAAGAAGUACAAAAUACCUUUGACAAACAUGGCGAUCGUCUAUUCAGAUUUCCCACGUCAUGAAGAUCUUCUCUCCGGUCUGAAGGCGUUCAAGCCAGAGAUUGUGUCUUUGUGUGGACUUGCAAAUCUGGGAGGACAGGUGUGUCACAGUGGUGUCAUGGAAAUGGAGUUGUCAGGGUUGAUUCUGAAUUUUAUUACGGAUGUAUACAAACACUUUCCAACCUUCCCAGUUUCUUUGAAAGAAAUGCUAAUAGAUGUUGACUUGAAUCGGACUUUAACAUCUCAAUGUUCUCUCUUCUGGAGAAUAAUCGAUAGAAUCACCACCGCAUGGUCGGACCUCGAGAAACACUUCGGUCAGAAUACAACAUCCGAUGUAAAAACAAUCCUCAGUGAUGCGAAACUAAGACUCAGUAUCUUGUUUCUGUGUCAUGCUUUGCAACCACUUUACAACUUUCAGGAGAAGAUUCACCAAGGUGCGAGCGUGACGCACUUGCUCCAAGAUGCUUCUCGGUUACUGACAUUCUACACAUCGAGUUUCCUCCGAAGUGAAGCAGCCGAGUCUUUUCUGAGACGAGGAAAGAUCUCGCUUCUGAAGGACACAGCGGGACAUUUACCAAGAGGAGAGGUUCAAGUUGGCAAAGCGGCGGCUGACUUUCUUCUGCAGAAUUCAGAGGAGUUGACGGAUUACUUGGAGAGCUUCCAUAAGACCGUCAUCUCGUUCUACACCACCGUUACUCUUCGCAUCGUUGAAUGUUUACCUUUACCAGAUUCAACCUUGAAAAACUUGUCUUUGGUGUUGAGCCCGGGGAGAAAGCUCGAAGUGACCAGCAGGAUAGUUCAAGAGUUAGGGGCUCGCUUUGGAGUCUGCUCAAGCCCAGAGACGGUCAGUUUGCUGACAGAUGAGUUUUUGGAGUACCAGUUUAUUGAUGAAAGUGACGUGCGCAUAGAUGAACAGUCGAUGGAGCAGUACUGGAAGAGAGAGCUGAGGAUUAUGGGAAGGACAUCUUUUUGGGGGAAAUUAAUCGUUAGUCUGUUGGCCCUGCCCGGAACGUUGAAGAAAGAGAUCGUUUUUGAGCAGCUGUUUCACCACACGGAGGAGAAAAAUAUGGCAGAUGAUGAUGUCACAGACAGCAGCUCUUAUAAAAGCGCUCCAUCGCAUAUUAGUCCAGAGAAUGUGGACAGCAUCACAUCCGGAGUUGCUGACCUGAUGGAAGUGGAGGACAGUGUAUCAAUCUCAUCUAAAUCAGACUCGGAGAGCCGGAUGGACACACAAGGAAACUGUGAUGAUGAUGACGUCACUGAUGAUGAUUGCAGCAGCAGUGGUGAUGAUGUCUGUUUGAGUAAUCGUAGGAAAAGAAAAAGACAUUUUAAAGAGAUGCAUACCAAACAGGAGCGAGGUAAUACACAUCAGGGCAAUUAUGCAGUUGGUGAGAUGGUGUGGGGGCCGAUUGAGGGCUUUGGUCUCUGGCCCGGUCUGGUUCAGAGUUUGGAUAGUGAGAAGCCCUGUGACUCCAUGCGUAAAGUGAUGUUCUUUGGUAACAGGAUGGUCUUGGAGAGCAGUGAAGGAGAUCUGCUGCCCUUCUUUUCAUUCGCUCAGUGCUUCUGUUCCAAUUCCUUUGCAACGGUGACUACGUAUAAAGAUGCAAUCUUCAGUUCUCUUCAGGUGGCUUCCAAGCGCAGCAGAAUGUUUUUUUCUCCCGACACAGAUUGUAAAGAAGAGCUGAUAAGAGUUAUGUUGAACUGGGCUUUUGGAGGUUUCAAACCAUCGGGUGUAAAAGGGCUUCGACCUCCAUCAGGUUACAACGAGAUCAUGCCGCAACCAGUGAACAGAAAAGCGAGCGCUCCAAACCGCAGCACCCGCCCGGAAAAAUUAUUCAGUUUAACUGUAUCUCUGAAUAAACUCGCUGAAUCUCUGGACCUUAGCAAAGGCUCGAUAGACCUCACGGAAAAAGACAUUUAUAGGGAACUCGUGUGUCCAGAGGAUAAUCGGAGAUGGUUUAAAACCAUGAAGAACCGUUGGAACUUCAAACAUUUGCGGCGGAAUAAGCACACAGUCAUGCCGAGCAUGCAGGAGGUGGAGUAUAUGGAGGAGGUCCGGCCAAGACAGAACGGCCAACAAAGAGAUGCAAUGGUGCAUGAAGUACUCGUAAACAAAAGAAAGAUUGAAGAGUUCUGUUUAUCCUGUGGAAGUACAUCUGUGGAAGUCCUUCACCCGCUGUUUGAAGGAAGCCUGUGCAUGACAUGCAGGUAUAACUUCACAGAGACGCUGUACAGAUAUGAUGAGGAUGGAUAUCAGGCGUACUGCACUGUCUGCUGCUCCGGCAUGGAGGUCAUUUUGUGCGGCCUCAACAGCUGCUGUCGCUGCUACUGUAUGGACUGUCUGGACAUCCUAGUUGGUGUUGGCACAUUUAAGAAGCUGAAAGAAAUGGACCCUUGGAUCUGUUACCUGUGCGCACUAGAGCACAGCUCCGGAGCCAUGAGGCCCAGACACGACUGGAGCAACCGCGUGCAGGAAUUCUUUGCUAACACCAGUGGCGUGGACUUUGAGUUUCAACGUGUUUACCCAGCAAUCCCUGCCAACCAGCGACGUCCAAUCAGAGUCCUCUCUUUAUUUGAUGGUAUAGCCACAGGAUGUUUGGCUCUAAGAGAACUGGGCUUUAAAGUGGAAAAAUAUGUGGCCUCAGAAGUGGAUGAAGAAUCUGUUGUCAUCUCCAUGGUUAACCAUGAUGGAACUAUCACUCACGUGGAUGAUGUUAAAAGUAUUACUAAAGAUCACAUCAAAAAGUGGGGCCCAUUCGAUCUUCUCAUUGGUGGCAGUCCCUGCAAUGACUUGUGCACAGUCAAUCCUUCCCGAAAAGGCUUGUAUGAUGGCACUGGGCGGCUCUUUUUUGAGUAUUAUCGGCUUCUGAAUAUUCUGAGGCCGAAGGAGGACGACCCACGGCCAUUCUUUUGGCUAUUUGAAAAUGUCGUAUUAAUGGAAACCAAAACUAAAACUGCCAUUUCCCGCUUUCUAGAAUGUAACCCUGUGCUUAUUGAUGCUGUGAAAGUCAGCCCUGCUCACAGAGCAAGAUACUUCUGGGGAAACAUACCUGGCAUGAACAGACCAAUUGUACCAUCUAAAAAUGACAAAGUUAAUCUUCAAGACUGUCUAGACGCUGGCCGCACUGCAAAGCAUGACAAAGUUCGUACCAUUACCACACGUCCAAAAGCAAUGGGGUCAGGGGCCAGUUAUACUGACUGCCCAGUCAUCAUGAAUGGAAAAGAUGACAAUAUAUGGAUCACAGAAAUGGAGCAAAUAUUUGGAUUUCCAAAGCAUUACACAGAUGUAAAGAGCAUGGGCCGUUUGCAGAGGCAAAGAACGUUAGGGAAGUCGUGGAGUGUUCCCGUCAUAAAACAUCUGUUAGCACCACUGAAGGAUUACUUUGCUUGUGAUUAACUCAACAUGAACAGAACCUCUUUUUCUUCUUCAGAAGUUCUUGUUUAGUUUUUGCUCUGUGCCAGAGUAAAAAAAAACAAAGGGCAUGAGUUUGUUAUUGGGAGUCGGGCCCUUUCUGAAGGUGUUGUGUUGUCCUAAGUUUUGUUGGAAAUGGUAACCAUUGUUAUUUUACAUUUUGUGAUACAUUACAGAUAAAAAAUUAAUUUAAUAUUUAAAUGGAUUAACACAUGUAAAAGAUUGAGCUGAAUAAACUGAUAAAUGUG